AUGGCAGCAAGUAUACCUUCCAUCGCAGUGCCUGGGCUACGUCUCGGCGAUAGCUCAACAUUCACCUCCGGCCCAGGAACAUACGUCCGCGACUCCUCUAUUUGCGCCUCCAUAGCCGGCCCAGUAAUCCUCAAAACCGACGAUAAGGGAACAGAUCCAAAGCGCAAACCCCGCAAAAUCCUCACAGUAUCCCGCUCUCCGCAAACAGAUACCCCCAACCCCACACAAAAACAACAACAAGCCAAAUCCCCUCUAAAAUUCAACACCCUACCAGCCGUCGACUCUAUUGUCCUCGCCCGCGUAACCCGCGUUCAGAAGCGCCAGGCAACAGUCUCAAUACUCAUGGUCGUAGAUGACCAAAACAACGAUCUCAUCGACACCAACAUGCGCACAAUCCUCUCUUCGGCACCCAUAAUCACCACCGCCGGCACAGAUAGUACGAGCACAAGCAACACGGCAGACGAUCUAUGGUUUCAAGCAAUUAUCCGCAAAGAAGAUGUUCGUGCUGUUGAAAAGGACCGCGUAGUAAUGGAGGAUAUGUUCAGGGUGGGGGAUAUUGUGCGCGCAUACGUGAUUUCAGUGGGCGAUCAGAGCUCAUAUUAUUGUUCGACUGCACGGAAUGAGCUUGGAGUCGUUAUGGCGAGGAGUGAGGGAGGAAAUAUGAUGUUCCCCGUCAGUUGGAAGGAGAUGAGGGAUCCGGUUACGGGUGUUGGUGAGGCGAGGAAGGUUGCGAAGCCGUUUUGA